AUGUUGUCCUCUACGCGAUUUGGAGCCUCAAUGGCCCUCCGAGCCAAGCCUACGACUGCCGUUAUCCCCUUCCGAACCGCCGCUGCCGCUUUCACGACCAACUCUCGCCGCGAUGCGAGCGCUGUCCAGACUCAAUCAGCCACCGGUGUAGGCAAUGUCCGCCGAGAGGUUCCUCUUCCCAGCGAAAUUGCUCCUAAGGGUGCUCUCCAAUACGCGCUGACCACACUCGAUGCCGUCACCAACUGGGCUCGCCAGUCCUCUCUCUGGCCUAUGACUUUCGGUCUGGCUUGCUGUGCCGUCGAAAUGAUGCAUCUUUCUACACCACGAUACGAUCAGGAUCGUCUCGGUAUCAUUUUCCGUGCCUCGCCCCGACAGUCCGAUGUCAUGAUUGUUGCCGGAACUCUUACCAACAAGAUGGCUCCUGCUCUCCGACAGGUUUACGAUCAAAUGCCUGAGCCCCGCUGGGUUAUUUCCAUGGGUUCUUGCGCCAAUGGCGGUGGAUACUACCAUUACAGCUAUUCAGUCGUUAGAGGCUGUGAUAGAGUCGUACCUGUGGACGUGUACGUGCCUGGAUGCCCUCCUACAAGCGAGGCUCUCAUGUAUGGUAUCUUCCAGUUGCAGCGAAAGAUGAGGCAGACCAGGAUCACCCGCCAGUGGUACAGGAAGUAG